AUGGCACAGGCGAUGUUGAAGCCUUCUCUAAAAGGAGAGCUUGAGGUGGAUGUUAAGAUCAAAGCUCCAGCGAAGAAAUUCUAUAACAUGUUCGCGGUAACACCACAAGCUGUGUCUAAAGCCACUCCUGAAAACAUCCAGCGAUGUGAUGUGCAUGAGGGAAAGAUGGGCAGAGUUGGCACUCUCCUCACCUGGAACUAUGUUCAAGAUGGGAAGCCAGUGGUGGCCACCGAGAGGGUCGAGGCAGUGGAUCCGAUGAAGAAUAUGAUUAAGCUCAGAGUGAUAGAGGGAGAUCUGCUGAAAGAGUUCAAGAGCUUCCUAAUCACGAUCCAAGUGACGGAGAAGAAAGGAGGACAUGGAGGUGUGGCGAAAUAUAAGGCAGAAUAUGAGAGGACUGAUGAGAACGUGGCUCACCCGGAGAGUCUGGUCCGAAUGUGUGCCAAAAUGUUCAAAGAUAUUGACGAAAUGCUCUUGUCUAACGAAUAG